GGGAGCGGACACGGCGCACCACGGACCCGCCGGGACGGGGCAGCCUCGGACAGUUCAACAAACGAGGCGACCACGGCCCGGCCCGCUCGUGACACCGACCCCCGCCGGAGCUCGGCAGCGGAGCGAGUCCGCCGUGAGCUGCCGCUGGCGUCUCCUCACGACGGACAGCGGUACGGCCGGUGACACGGACACGCGGAAGCCGGACGGGGGUGGCCGGAAGCCGGCAGACCCACCCCGGAGACCAGCAACAGCGCACCCGACACUCGUACUGCGCGUGACGUCAGCGCGGCGGCCGUCGGCAGGGCGGCCGACCGACCGGCGCUCUUCAGUCGGCAGUGGACCGCCGCGCCGAGCGAGCGUACCAGGCCGCGGCUCAGCUCAGCUCAGCUCCCAGAUCAGCACCCAGCUCAGCUCAGCUCAGCACGCAGCCAGCUCUCGCUGCAGCCUCAGCACACGGCCACAGAUCAAACGACUGCGGAGCGUGCGUGUGAGGCCAUCGGCAGCGCAACCACUGCGGUCACCAGACAUCACCAGCGCCAGGGACUCCAUCACCCGCACAAUCACCGCUAGAUCGGCACCAGCAGCACCAGCAGCGACGGCGUCACCAGCGGGCCCACCGCGGGCGGCCGGGGCGCGCAGACGCGGAGCCGACGGCGGUAAAGAGGCUGCCCGGAGAGGCACCAUCGUGCUGGCGACUGUGACGGCUCGGCAGCGGCGGUCGGCCGCGAGGCAUGGCCUCACCUCAGACCGGCGGCCAGCUAUGAGCGCAGCGCGGAGAGCGGCGGCCAGCCCGCUGCCGCAGCUACUGCUGGCCGCGCAGCUGGUGUGCGGCGCGGCAGCGGCCUACGUGGCGCACCAGGCCGUCUACGUGCCGACCCGGUACGGCGCGCCACCGCCGGCGCUCGGGCCGGCGCCACACGGCUACCUGGCCGUGGUGGGGCCGUUCGGAUGGAGUGCGCCCACCCAGGUGCGCCACCAGGUCCACCAUCACUCGACGGUGGUGCACGGCGCGCCGCCGCGGCCGCUCCAGUCUACCGGCCACUCGGCGCCGCACUCGGCCGCCAAGGCACCGACCGACGCGCCGCUACCGCCACCCAGCACCAACGACUCGUACAGCGCCUACGUGCUGCCCGGCGGCAACGGCUACUCGUACGCCAAAGAAGUCGGCAGCGGCGACAGCAGCGGCAGCAAAGGAGGCGACAGUGGCGAGGUACCCAAACUACAGCUCGACUAUGGCGUGCCCGUCACCGGCUUCCUGGAGGCGCAGCUGAGCUCCAGCUCAGGAACCUCCAUCAACUGGUCGAUGGGCAGGACGCCGGCCAACCGGAGCCUGCCGUUGAUUCCAGACGACAUCCCAGUGCUCGGGGACGACCUGCCCGACGACGGGUGUGCGCGAGACGAGGUCCGCCUACGGUCGACGAACCGUUGGUACAUCGCGUCCGAGCCAUGUCAGCCGAUACUACAGCAGGGCUGUUGUCCGGAAGGCCAGUGGGUGGUCGUCAACAAGUACACACGCAUGGGAGAGUGCGCGCCCAGACUCUGUCCGUCCGGCUUCGCCUUCGUCGAGCGGGACGGCCUGUGCCACGAUCUACAGGAGGAGGGACUCUGUCCAGACAACCGUCGCGUGUACGUCACGGCGUUCGGUGAGCCACGCUGCGGCUGUGCCGACGGCGAGUACGUGGACACGGCCGGCGAGUGUCGGCCGCUCUACAGCACCGUCGGCUGUCCGUACCGACAGCAGCUACGCUUCAACGCCGCCUUCAAACUCGAGUGCCAGCCGGCCGUUUGCCCUAAAGAGAGGCCAGUGCCCUUCCAGGGCUGGUGUAAGAACUUCGGAGAUGUGAGUAUGAUCGGGGUGGGGAAGGGCGCUCUUGAACGUGCACCGAGACCGUCCUUUAACCGCUAUACCGACUAGACGGGACAGAGCAGACUAGUUAGACUGGUUUUGGGGAGCUAACUGAACAGGGACUAAGCAGGCAUUCGCAGAUAUGACCAAACAUGACCAAACAGCGCUUCCGUAGUCCUUGAAGCGCUUAAUUCCGAUAGAGCUCAUCAUCGUUUUGCAGUGUCACUCGCCGUGUACGGGAGCGGCAGCAGCCCUCCUCUGACGACCCGCCGCUCCCCGGUUUCAGUCCUGCGGCACCGACUACCGGUUUGUGCUGGGUUUCGACACCACGCGGCUCGAGGCCAAGUGUUACCCGUCCGAGGAGCUGGAUAUUGGCGGCCGGCACAGCGCGCACACCCCCACCACCACGGCUCCGGCACCCACCGUGCCCGCUCUGCAGGACACAUACCUGCCGCCGCCGGGCCAGGGCCGCGUGCAGUACGCGCGCCGCACGGGAGCGGCGCGCGGCCGCUGGCUGUGGCAGCGCCGGCGCCGCCAGCAGCGGCCGGGCCUGCGCCGGCGCCGGCCGCCGCCGCAGCAGUUCGCUCCGUGGUCGCGGCUAGACGUCGACCAGGUGACGUUUGUCGACAGUGAGCGCGUCAGCGCCGAGCAGCUGGCCAAGUUCGAGCGCUCCGGCCAGGCGGGCCGGCGGCGACGGCGCUUCCGGAGACAGAUCUUCGCCGAGGUGCCGCUGCUCAACACGUGUAAACCGGGCGCGCGCAGCGGGCCCAACUUCAAAUGUCGCGACAAAGCACUGCCCGGCUCCGGCUCACGGUCGGCCCGCAGUCCCGUACCGCCAGCGAACGCGCCCAAAUGUCCAGCGGGACAGCGGCUGGACGCGCUGGGACGGUGUCGACAGACGGUCGGCGGGCUUGGCAAGUGAGCCGCCGUCGCCGCCGACGCCGACGAUCGACACCACCACCGCCACCGCAAUCAGCCAGCCACCACAGCCAGCCAGUCAAACGCUGCGCGGGAGAUACAAUCGUGCAAUGGCGAGUGGCGAACCGAGCGGUGCGCACAAACACUGGCGAGUGGCCGGUGGCGGUAGCGGCCACCGUGUGCAGGGCCAACCGAGCAGGGUAUUGUCACAGCGGCCUCCGAGACGGACUCGUAAUGAGGUGUCGCGCAGACAGACAGACAGACAGGCCGAGAGGGCGGCGUGCCCGAGCGUACCUCGUCCGCGCCCGGCCGCCGCGCGAGUGUGAAGUGUGAGUGACAGCGUCCGGGUCCGGCGGGCGCAGUGUAUCCCUGCCAGCAUCUGCGGGCGAGCCCACGUCCGCCUGUGUUUGUAUUUGUGUGUUAUUGAGUAUCUGACAACCGGCCGCGGUCUACCCGCGCCCGAGUGUCAGUCAGAGUGGUCAAUAUAAGCGCCAGUCA